GCUCUAAAGCUUGAAUGAGUAACACCGUGAAUGGGCAAGGUAUCCCAUGGACCGUUUUCUCACCCUGUGAGCACCUUUCACUUCCAAAGCUUUGCUUCUGCCACCACUGGCCAUGUCACUCAGCGUCUUGAGUAGGAAAGAGAAAGAGAAAGUCAUCCACAGGCUCUUAGUCCAGGCUCCUCCUGGGGAAUUUGUGAAUGCCUUUGAUGACCUCUGUCUGCUUAUCCGAGAUGAAAAGCUCAUGCACCAUCAGGGUGAGUGCGCAGGCCAUCAGCACUGCCAAAAAUACUGCGUCCCACUCUGCAUCGACGGCAACCCAGUCCUCCUGUCUCACCACAAUGUGAUGGGUGACUUCCGCUUCUUUGACUACCAGAGCAAACUUUCUUUCAGGUUUGACCUGCUCCAGAAUCAGCUGAGGGACAUCCAAAGCCACGGAAUCAUUCGGAAUGAGACCGAGUACCUGAGAUCUGUUGUUAUGUGUGCCUUAAAACUCUACGUGAAUGAUCACUACCCAAAUGGAAAUUGCAAUGUGCUGAGAAAAACAGUCAAAAGCAAAGAAUUCUUAAUAGCUUGCAUUGAAGACCACAGCUAUGACAAUGGACAGUGCUGGAACGGUCUUUGGAAGUCUAAGUGGAUCUUCCAGGUAAACCCAUUUCUAACCCAGGUAACAGGAAGAAUUUUUGUACAAGCUCACUUCUUCAGGUGUGUCAACCUUCAUAUUGAAAUCUCCAAGGACCUAAAAGAGAGCUUGGAGGUGGUCAAUCAAGCUCAGUUGGCUCUCAGUUUCGCAAGGCUCGUGGAAGAACAAGAGAAUAAGUUUCAAGCUGCUGUCAUAGAAGAACUACAGGAGUUGUCUAACGAAGCCCUGAGAAAAAUAUUACGCAGGGAUCUUCCAGUGACACGCACUUUGAUUGACUGGCAACGGAUCCUCUCAGACUUGAAUCUGGUGAUGUACCCCAAGCUAGGAUACGUUAUUUACUCAAGAAGUGUGUUGUGCAACUGGAUAAUAUAAAAGGUUGCUGCUCCUGG